UGGAAUUUUGUGAACUAUGCGACUUUCUAUGGAAAAAUCUGACAAUUCACCGAGUGUAGGCUUGUGAUAGCGCUGUGCAUGUCCCAUUACUUGAUUCGGAAUUUUGAUACUAUAAAAUUCCGAAUUUGUACUGUUAAGCGCACGUACCGACGGAACAGUCAACAACGGAAAUAUUAAGAUGUAUGCACGUGAACUGAAUUAAUAUAUUGCUUCUGAACUCCAUAUUGUUGUUUAUACACCCUAAGUAUCAGUCUGCUACCACCAAAUCGUUUCAUAUUCAUUUUGCUACAAGCAGACAAGAUGCCAGUCUACCGGUCCAAGACAUGGGUCAAUAUCCCAGACGAUCUAUCCAUUUCCCAGCUUAUGCAAGACAAUAUCUCCGAUACGCCCCCGAACAAAAUCAUCUAUGAAGAAGCCCAUACCGGCAAGAUUGCGACAUACGGGACAUUUCAUCGGCAGAUCCGGCGCACGGCAUGUCUCCUUCAACAAAGAUUGCAUUUCCAACCAGGCCAGAUCGUUGCCAUAUCCGCAUCGUCCUCAAUCGAUUACAUUCUUGUUGCACAGGCCAUCUGGUGGGCCGGAGGGAUUAUCAGUCCUAUCAAUAACACAUUGCACCCGGAUGAGCUGCGGCGAGCUAUUGAGCUCAUCAAGCCAAGAUAUCUCGUGAUAGAUGAGAGCGUCCAUGAUAAGGCCCAAGCUAUUACCGAGAAAUGCACGAAUGCACCACGUAUUCUGACAAUUGGUAAACGACCGCGCGGGUCGAUUUGGCCAUCGUUUCCGAUUGACCAGUCCCCCUCUAUUGACAACGAGCCUGAGCUUCUUGACCCUACUCCCGUGAAUCCAAAGGACUGCGCUGCUAUCCUUCUCUCCAGCGGUACAACUGGUCACUCCAAAGCUGUCAUGCUCUCUCACCGAAACCUUGUUGCAACAUGUUAUCAACUCCGAUAUGAUAAUCCACAAAAUUGGCGAGGCAGUCAGCGAGAGGUUUUUUUCCCGCCCCUGUCCCACGUUUAUGCGCUUUAUGUCUGCUUUACCAUGUGUUGUUGGUUGGGGGCGUAUGUCUGCCUGAUGCCGCGCUUCGACUUAGAGCUGUAUUGUCAAAUGAUGCAGGAUCGAAAGGUGACGCUGGCGAGAGUUGUGCCUCCGGUGGCCAAGCUUUUGGCGGAGGAGAAGGUUGUCAGGAAGUAUAAAUACCCUUGUCUAGAAUAUUUUAGCUGCUCGGCUGCCCCGUUGCAUCAUACUGCGACAAAGCUCCGCGAGACAUUCCCAGGUGUGGCCUUGUGUCAGACGUACGGCUGCACUGAGCUUUCCGGGCCCUGUGCUCAAAGUGGAGUGCGUGAUUCCAAUCUUUCUUUAUCUGCAGCUGGCUCGCUCGUUGCCAACAGUGAGCUUCGAUUUCUCGAUCCCGAAGGUAAAGACGUUGGGGCGCGAGGCCCGGGAGAAAUCACUUGCAGGGGCCCAAAUGUGAUGAUGGGUUACAAAGACAAUGAACAAGAAACCGCCAAAACUAUAUCCGCAGAUGGAUGGCUACGGACGGGCGAUCUGGGUUAUUUAGACGACAAUGCCUACCUUUACAUAUACGACCGAAUCAAAGACCUGAUUAAAUACAAAGGAUUCCAAGUGGCACCGUCCGAAAUUGAGAGCAUCCUCAUUCAGCACCCUCUUGUCCGCGAAGCUGCCGUCAUUGGCGUUUUUAGUGCAGACGAGGCCACCGAGAUUCCCCGUGGGUUUGUUUCGCUCAAGGAUGUCAUCCGGUCAGAGCAGAGAGCCUGGGUUUCGAGUUCGAUUGAUAAAUUCCUUGCAGAGCGGGUUUCCAAUUACAAACGAUUAAGAGGUGGUGUGGUUAUUGUGGACGAGCUGCCUAGAAAUCCAACGGGAAAGGUUUUGAAGAAGGUAUUGAAGGAGAAAUAUGGAGAUUUAUCAAUCCCUGAAAGAGGCAAGCUUACUGCUAAGCUUUGAGUCUUCAUGCCGGGAUAGGACCGGAAAUUAGUUCUUAGUAUUGUGCAUUAGCAUGUUCUUUAUAGCUCUUUAAUCUGAAGCUCCACCAAGAUCAUAGUGCAACAUAUCCCAUAAUUCCAAGCCAGAUCCUAUAUC